AUGGGUGAGGAAGGACAACAAUUCAUACAGAUGAGAUCGUCAUCCAUCGCUGAACUCAGAAAACUGUCCAUUCACUGUAACUUCGGAGAGACUUUGAAUGAUACUAUAAGAGACAGAUUUGUUUGUGGGAUAAAAAAUGAAUCGGUACAGAAGAGACUGCUGGCUGAAUCAGCACUUACCCUGGAUGGAGCAAUAAAAAUCGCGCAUGCGAUGGAAACAGCAGGACGGGAUGCCACGGAACCACGCGAACAGCGGAACACCAGUGCCACAGUACACAAAGUCGGAAGUCAGAAAUCGAAACCUAAACCACAGAUGCAGAAACAUUCACCUGCUUCACAGCAACAUAGGGACAGUCAUAGACCAUGUUGGAUGUGUGGAUAUGAUCACACACGCCCAGACACGGUAUUGAAGGAGAUUCUCGACAAACAUAAAGCUGUAUUUGGAUCAGAGAUCGGAAAAUUGAAAGGAAUCACAGCUACAUUGUACCUGGAAGACAAUGCCCAACCAAAAUUCUGUAAAGCUAGACUCGUGCCCUAUUCACUGAAGCCAAAGGUUGAGGAAGAACUUCAGCGUCUGGAAAAAGAAGGCAUUAUUAAGCCUGUUACUCACAGUAAAUGGGCUUCACCAGUGGUGCCAGUAGUAAAAAAGAAUGGACAAGUACGUCUUUGUGGGGACUACAAGGUAACCAUAAACCCAGUCAUGAAAGUCGACCAGUAUCCAUUACCUCGAAUCCAAGACAUAUUCGCCUCACUCGCGGGAGGAACGAAAUUUUCAAAGAUAGACUUGACACAAGCUUACAACCAGAUGGAAGUUGAUGAGGCGACAAGAGAAUUGAUGACAAUAAACACACAGAAGGGCUUGUACCAGUAUACACGCUUGCAGUUCGGAGUAGCGGCAGCCCCUGCAAUAUGGCAACGUGCAAUAGAACAAGUGUUACAAGGAGUACCAUUUACAUCUUGUGUUUUAGAUGACAUGAUCAUUAGUGGUAAAACAGAUGAAGAACACCUUGCAAAUCUUGACGCGGUUUUAAAGCGCCUAGAGAAGUUUGGUCUACGAGCAAACCUUAACAAAUGCGACUUCUUUCAAGAACAAGUGUCCUACUGCGGUCACAUGAUCUCCGAAGAAGGAUUAAAGAAGUCACCAGACAAAGUCAAUGCAGUACUUAAAGCACCUAGACCAGAGAACCUACAGCAACUACGGUCAUUCUUGGAAUUAGUCAAUUACUACCGUUCCUUUUUACCAAACCUGUCAACAGUCCUAGGUCCACUGAAUGAACUUUUGCAAGGAGAGAAAACAUGGAAAUGGACAAAACAGUGUGAACAAGCCUUCGCUGAAGUUAAGGAGUUGAUGACGUCAGAGCAAGUUCUUUGUCAUUAUGACCCACACAAGCCUGUCAAGCUAGCCUGUGACGCUUCUCCAUAUGGGCUUGGUAGUGUACUUUCACAUGUCAUGGAUGAUGGUACAGAAAGACCCAUAGCAUUCGCUUCAAGAUCACUUACAAAGGCUGAAAAGGCAUAUUCUCAAAUCGACAAGGAAGCCUUAGCUUUAUAUUGGGGAGUAGUCAAAUUUCACACUUACCUUUAUGGCCGUCGAUUCACAUUAGUAACCGACCACAAACCUUUGGUUAGCAUCCUGAAUCCGAGUGCUGGAAUACCUGCCAUGACAGCUGCAAGAUUACAGAGAUAUGCACUGUAUCUGGCUGGACAUACUUACAACAUUGAAUACCGAAACACCAAAUCGCAUUGUAAUGCAGAUGGCCUGAGUAGACUACCUCUCUCCAUAACCACAGAUUAUGAAGACACAGCAGCAGUAUUUUACAAUACUCAGAUGGAGAACCUACCAGUUACCAGUGCACAAGUUAAACUGGGAACUCAACGAGAUACGAUCUUAUCACAUGUGUUGGACAGUGUUCGAACAGGACACAAUGCUUUACCUACAGACGAUGAGAGAUUUCGUCCAUACAGUUACAGAUUUAAGGAACUGACCUGUCACCAGAAUUGCUUGAUGUGGGGAAAUCGUGUUGUUGUGCCCGAGAAACUUCGAAACCUUGUUUUACAAGAGUUACACGAGGGGCAUAUUGGGAUUGUGAAAAUGAAGUCUAUUGCAAGAUCAUUUGUAUGGUGGCCUAAGAUGGAUCAAGAUAUUGAAAAGUUAUGUUUUACCUGUAGUGGUUGCCAGAGACAUAGCAACAUGCCAAAAUCUGCACCUGUACAUCCUUGGGACUGGCCAAAGGAACCCUGGGACCGCUUACAUAUAGACUUUGCUGGGCCCUUUAUGAACUCAGUGUUUCUACUCAUCAUAGAUGCACAUUCAAAAUGGGUAGAAAUUUUCCCAAUAAACAGUACUACUACAACAAAUACCAUUGAGAAACUGCGUAUUUUAUUUUCUCAACUUGGACUUCCUAAGGUGAUUGUGUCUGAUAAUGGGCCUCAGUUUGUUUCAGAAGAAUCCCAUCCUCGUCGCCAAUUAUGUUGUGUUAUACUCAGAACUCAGCCAACACGUGUGAUCGCCAUUGUAGAACUACUUUUUAUUAUCUCAAUACGCAGUACAAUAUAA